AUGGCAAAUCCAACUGACCCUGUAUUCAGAAUGGAUCCAGGUGGUAGCCCACAGGCCCUCACGGGUUCCUCCCAAGCCACCAAGUCUAAGAAAACGGAGGAUGUCGAGGUCCGGCAGUGCCCCAGUCAGUUCGUCCAGCCAACUUUAGCCGCGGGAAUAGGCCUGGCCAAUGUGCACCACAAGGAAACUCUGAGGAAUUCAGAUAUCGUGGAGAUUCCUUUUCAAGCAGCGACUCUGCAGGAUCUUCUAGCUGGAGCACUGCUAACCGCAGCCCUUUCCACGCUUCCGAGGCUGCACCUGAGUCAAGAAUACCACGUGGCUGGGAGCCAACGCCAAGGCGAUCAUGAAAGAGUUCGCCAGGCGGUACAUAACGAGAACACAGCCAAAGAAUCCUUAAAGUCUUUGAUUGAACGCGAAAAGGACGUAAGGAACGAACUACAACUCGCAAAGAAGGAGGUAGAGGAUAUGAAGCAGAGAAUAAAAUUGCUAUAUGAUGAACACAAGAAGGCAGCUACUCAAUGGCAACAACAGGAUCGACACCGUAUUGCGCAAGUUAUAUUACUUGAGAACGAGAUAAAGCAGCUCCGAGACAAGAAUCAGGAGUUAGCAGCGAAGGCAGGUGUGUCCUGGGAUGACGACUUCGUGGCUGCGCCGGAAUUCCCGUCACCAUCGAUCCCGGAAUCGUUCACAGCAAAUAGCAUCCCAUCAAUUACUUCGGCGCUAUCCGAAGAAGAAGUUAGCAAAAGCAGAUUAGACCCGGAGACCGCGGCAUACCUCCUAGAGAGACUGAAGACUACACAUGGUAUUAAGGAUAACGAGAUACAGGCUAAGCCGCCUUCUCUUGCACCUAACCCUAAGGCCACUAGUUGGACACUGAACCCGGCUAAGGCACAGGAUAAUCAACCAGUAACACCUGUGAGGCCUGUCUCAAACGCUGUCAAGGCUGAUUUGGGAGACCAAAGUCAUGCGAAUGUGGGCAGUAGUAAGGCACAGCAGGUUUCGGCUGGCCUCCGAGCCAAUGAUCAAGUAUACCACCAAAAGGCUCUAGAAUACACCCCUACGGGAAAUCGUCAAAACGCCCUCCAGCGCACCCCCCUAACGACGCAUGGCCGGGAAUCCUUUGGGAAUAUUCCCUCGAUCUCGCAGGGUUCGCCUCAAACUGCCACAGGUGUAAGCCAGAAAUCGUCGAUCAACCGGAAGAAGGAGGUAUGGGAGGCGGAUGACAUCGACGGCGCUAUCGAGCAUCUCUACGGCCUCGCCAAAGGCUACAUCGUAAAUUAUCACUCGAGGCGAGACGAUCCACCCAAGAUUGCUAACGACAUCCUGCCGGUUAAAGAGUCGAAUACUUGGCAGUAUCUAACUAAUCUCGUCUACAAGGACCCUGCUUUAAGCUCGAAGCAUCUCAAAUAUCUCCUGGGAGUUGAGGCGUAUCGACCGUACAUCGUGAUGCGUAUGAUCGUAGAUUACCUCUUUAAAAAGCUGAUCUCGCCCCAGGUCUUCUUGGGCUUCUCACCUGAGAUGGACAAACACUUGUCAGCUCUGCAGGAUAAGAUUGCUACCUUCAAUAUGCCCGGCUUUCGGACGUCGGCCAGCGCCCGCCAGAGGAUUAUAGCGGAACACUCCAGGAUCAUUUAUCACGCGCUAAAGGAUCCUAGGAUGGACAAGUUCCGCAACGAUACCAUUGAGCGCCACGCGCAGAUGCUAUCCACUAUGAUGCAGCCGCUGCGGUCUUCUUCCGCCGGCGACGACGAGGCCCUUGAGUCGUUACGCGUCGUAACGUCGGUUACGUGGGACAUCAGCACGCACAUCUGGAUCUCGGGGAUGACACUCCACUACACCUUCCCCGAAUGCGCGUCGAAGUUUUCCUACGGCACCAUGGACGCCCUCAACGGUUGCCAGUUCGCCUUCACGCCCGAGGAGCUGCAGUACUCCCAAUAUAGGGUCUGCUUCGUUAUAUUUCCGCUCCUGACCUUGCGCGACGAGAGCAAGACAGGAGAGCUCCGGUGCCAUUCCCUUCGGAAGGCCGGCGUCCUAGUCAUGAAAUAGACGGGGUUCGGAACCUCUCGUCCGGGCGCGCGAUAUGUACUUGGGCGUACAGCAACCCCUUUGGAGGGGGUUUACAACAACGAUACAGGAGUGUUCAGCUAACCAGGGCAUACAUACAUACUUCCCAUCUUCCUUUCUCACCCCCUUUAGUAUAUUUCAGCCUUGGUCAUC